CGCGGGCCGAAACGGACUAGGGACGCGGCGGCGGUUGGUGGUGGCCUUAGGAGAGUCUUGCCCGGAUUGUGAGAGGCGGCGGUGGAAGCACUCUCCGCACCAGCAGAGGCGGCGACCCCGACUGAGGCGGCGGGCCAACGCGUGCUCUCUGGGCGGGGUGCGGCGGGGGAUGUGCCUGCCCCAGCCGGGCGGAGUCUCUCUGACAGGGCGGGGGAUGCGCGGCGGCCGCUCGCCCGGACCUUGAGGCAGUGGGCCCACCCUCGCGCAACGGUCCGACCCUCGGUAGCCUUGGCUCCUGCUGCCUUCUUUGGCCAGACCCUGGGGCAGAGGGUGGGAGGCAGCUUCCGCCCAGGAGGAGGGAGCUGUGGUGGCCACCGCGGCGCAGCCCGAGUUUUUUUGCCAAGAAAAUGAUUUGCAUGAUCUUGAACAACACAUACUAUUUAUGCUGAUGGGACAGGAUCCAAUAUGAAUAUAAGUGAUGGAGGAAGACGACGCUUUGAGGAUAAUGAACAUACAUUACGUAUAUAUCCUGGGACAAUUUCAGAAGGGACAAUCUACUGUCCAGUUCCUGCCAGGAAAAACACCACAGCUGCUGAGGUGAUUGACACUCUUAUAAACAAACUUCAUCUAGACAAAACAAAAUGUUAUGUUUUAGCAGAGGUAAAGGAAUUUGGUGGAGAAGAAUGGAUACUCAAUCCAACAGACUGUCCAGUUCAGCGAAUGAUGUUGUGGCCACGAAUGGCUCUGGAAAAUCGCUUAAGUGGAGAGGACUACCGCUUUCUUCUGCGGGAAAAAAACCUUGAUGGAUCAAUCCAUUAUGGUAGCCUUCAGUCAUGGCUACGGGUAACUGAAGAACGACGCAGGAUGGUGGAACGAGGUUUUCUUCCACAGCCUCAACAGAAAGACUUUGAUGAUUUAUGUAGCUUACCUGACUUGAAUGAGAAAACUCUCUUAGAAAACCUACGAAAUCGCUUUAAGCAUGAAAAAAUUUAUACCUACGUUGGCAGUAUUCUAAUAGUUAUUAACCCAUUCAAAUUUCUUCCUAUUUAUAACCCCAAAUAUGUCAAAAUGUAUGAUAACCACCAAUUGGGAAAACUUGAGCCCCACAUAUAUGCAGUGGCUGAUGUAGCUUAUCAUGCUAUGCUUCAGCGUAAAAAGAAUCAGUGCAUUGUGAUUUCAGGAGAGAGUGGUUCUGGGAAGACUCAAAGCACAAACUUUCUUAUUCACCACCUUACUGCACUCAGUCAGAAAGGAUUUGCCAGUGGAGUAGAACAGAUUAUUCUUGGAGCUGGACCAGUACUUGAGGCUUUUGGAAAUGCAAAGACUGCUCAUAACAAUAAUUCAAGUCGUUUUGGCAAGUUUAUUCAAGUUAAUUACCAGGAAACAGGCACUGUACUUGGUGCCUAUGUUGAAAAAUAUCUACUAGAGAAGUCCAGGCUUGUUUAUCAAGAGCAUAAUGAACGGAACUAUCAUGUAUUCUAUUACCUUCUGGCAGGAGCAAGUGAAGAAGAGAGGUUAGCAUUUCAUCUUAAACAGCCAGAGGAAUAUCAUUAUCUCAAUCAGAUAACAAAGAAACCCCUCAGACAGAGCUGGGAUGAUUAUUGCUAUGACUAUGAGCCGAAUUGCUUCUCGGUGGAGGGAGAAGAUUUGAGACAUGACUUUGAACGCUUACAACUGGCCAUGGAAAUGGUAGGAUUUCUUCCGAAGACAAGAAGACAGAUAUUCUCUCUCCUCUCAGCAAUACUACAUUUGGGUAAUAUCUGCUAUAAAAAGAAGACAUACCGGGAUGACUCCAUUGAUAUCUGUAAUCCUGAAGUUCUGCCUGUUGUAUCAGAAUUACUAGAAGUUAAAGAAGAGAUGCUAUUUGAAGCAUUAGUAACGAGAAAGACGGUGACAGUUGGAGAGAAGCUUAUUUUACCAUACAAGUUGGCAGAGGCUGUGACCGUGAGGAACUCCAUGGCUAAGUCUUUGUAUAGUGCUUUGUUUGACUGGAUAGUUUUUCGAAUUAAUCAUGCACUUCUGAAUAGUAAAGAUUUGGAGCGAAAUACCAAGACUUUGUCCAUUGGUGUUCUUGAUAUAUUUGGGUUUGAAGAUUAUGAAAAUAAUAGUUUUGAACAGUUCUGUAUUAAUUUUGCUAAUGAACGUUUACAGCACUACUUUAAUCAGCAUAUCUUUAAGUUAGAACAAGAGGAAUAUAGAACUGAAGGUAUCAGUUGGCAUAAUAUUGAUUAUAUUGAUAAUACUUGUUGCAUAAAUCUUAUUAGCAAAAAACCAACAGGACUGCUCCAUCUUUUGGAUGAAGAAAGCAAUUUUCCACAGGCAACAAAUCAGACAUUGCUAGACAAGUUUAAGCAUCAACAUGAAGAGAAUUCUUACAUUGAAUUUCCAGCUGUGAUGGAGCCUGCUUUCACCAUAAAACACUAUGCUGGAAAAGUAAAAUAUGGAGUAAAGGAUUUUCGGGAAAAAAAUACAGAUCAUAUGCGCCCAGACAUUGUAGCUCUUCUGAGAAGUAGCAAGAAUGCAUUUAUCUCUGGGAUGAUUGGAAUUGAUCCUGUGGCUGUAUUCCGAUGGGCAGUUCUCCGAGCCUUUUUCAGAGCCAUAGUUGCUUUCAGGGAAGCUGGGAAAAGACACAUUCAGAGAAAGACUGGACAUGAUGAUACAGCGCCAUGUGCGGUUUUGAAAAGUAUGGAUAGUUUUAGCUUUCUUCAACACCCAGUCCACCAGAGGAGCUUAGAGAUUCUGCAGAGGUGCAAGGAAGAGAAGUACAAUAUAACCCGGAAAAAUCCCAGAACACCUCUUUCUGAUCUUCAGGGCAUGAAUACUCUAAAUGAAAAAAACCAACAUGAUACAUUUGAUAUUGCCUGGAAUGUCAGAACUGGGAUUCACCAUAGCAGAUUACCAAGUAGCACCUCCUUGCGUGAUAAAGAUGGGAUAUUUGCUAAUUCAGCUAGCAGUAAACUACUGGAAAGAGCCCAUGGAAUUCUCACGAGAAACAAAAACUUCAGAUCCAAGCCUGCUCUUCCAAAGCACUUGCUGGAGGUAAAUUCUUUGAAGCAUCUAACAAGAUUGACCCUACAGGAUCGCAUAACUAAGUCUCUUCUUCAUUUGCACAAGAAGAAAAAGCCUCCCAGCAUCAGUGCCCAGUUUCAGGCAUCCUUAAGCAAGCUAAUGGAGACACUUGAUCAAGCAGAACCAUAUUUUGUAAAAUGCAUUCGCUCUAAUGCUGAAAAGCUGCCUUUAAGAUUCAAUGAUGCCUUGGUACUUAGACAGCUUCGAUAUACUGGGAUGCUGGAAACAGUUCGAAUUCGCCAAUCAGGAUACAGCUCCAAAUAUUCUUUCCAGGACUUUGUGAGCCAUUUCCAUGUACUUCUUCCCCGAAAUACUAUUCCAUCCAAAUUGAACAUUCAGGAUUUCUUUAGGAAAAUAAAUCUUAAUCCAGAUAAUUAUCAAGUUGGAAAAACCAUGGUCUUCCUAAAGGAGCAGGGACGACAGAACUUACAAGAUCUGCUUCACCAAGAGGUACUCCGCAGAAUCAUAUUGUUGCAGCGAUGGUUCAGGGCCUUGCUGUGUAGGCAGCAUUUCCUCCAUCUGAAACAGGCAUCCAUUAUUAUCCAGCAAUUCUGGAGAAAUUACCUGAAUAAGAAGCAAGUCAGAGUUGUAGCUGUGCAGAAGGAUGCUUUUGUUAUGGCUAGUGCAGCUACUCUUCUCCAAGCUUCCUGGCGUGCUCACUUAGAGAGGCAACGGUAUUUGGAGCUUCGGGCUGCUGUCAUAAUUAUCCAACAGAAAUGGAGGGAGAUUUAUAGGCGCAGGCAUAUGGCUGCUACCUGCAUACAGGCAAGAUGGAAAGGCUACAGAGAAAAUAAAAGGUAUCAAGAACAGAAGAAAAAAAUUAUCCUUUUGCAGUCAACAUGUAGAGGAUUCAGAGCAAGACAGAGAUUUAAAGCUUUAAAAGAACAGAGGAUAAAGGAAACACAGCUAAAACUUGGAUUGGUGAAUAUCAAGGCAUAUGAAUCUCUGGAAAUAGAGGGUUCAGACCCUUCAGAAUGGGAGGAUUGUUCCUUUGACAACAGAGAGAAAGCCAUAGAGGAAGGUAAAUCUGGGAUAGAGAGUAAUCGAAUUAGCCAUGAAAGUUCAGUGGACUGCUCAAAAGAGACUCCAGAGAAGCUGCAGGAGAAAGCCAGAAGCCAAAGUGGUGUGGACUUGAAGGAAGAUGUGAUUGUAAAAGAAAGGCCCAAGUCCUUGGAGGAUCUGCAUCAGAAGAAAGUAGUCCGGGCCAAAAGAGAAAGCCGGAGAAUGAGAGAACUAGAGCAAGCUAUAUUUAGCUUAGAAUUGCUUAAAGUUCGUUCUCUUGGUGGUAUGUCACCUUCAGAAGAACGCAGAUGGUCUACAGAACUUAUGCCUGAAGGCCUUCAAUCUCCACAGGGUACACCUGAUAGUGAAAGCUCUCAAGGAAGCUUGGAACUUCUGAGUUGUGAGGAAAGCCAAAAGAGCAAACCAGAGUCCAUAACUUUAGAAGAUUUGAAGAUUCCAUCACCUAAAAUAUCUAGUAGCCCAAAAUUUGAUUCACAGGACAAUACCUUCAGUGCCUCAAGAGAGACUAACCAUGCAUUGAUUCAAAAGGGAGCAUCCUCUGACUCAGAGUGUUUGAAGAAUGGAACUAUGAAGGAAAAGGCUGUGUGCAUUUCUGAACCUAUUACCUGUAAACCACAGCUGAGAGACUCUUUUAUAUCAAAUAGUCUGCCCACAUUUUUUUAUAUUCCUCAUCAAGACCCCCUGAAAGCAGGUUCCCAAGUAGACACAAAUAUCCAAAGAAACAAACUAUUAGAAAGUGAAGACACACUGGGGACAGCUCUUUCUUUGGAUAUCAACAGGGAAGCCAGAAAGUAUCAUUUCUCAGAAGAUCAAAUGGUUCCUUCUUUUAAAACAGAUUCUUCUAAUACUGUGCUUAAGAAAUUAGAAAAGCUAAACACACAGAAGGAAGAAAGGCAAAAGCAGUUGCAGCAGAAGAAUGAAGAAAAGAUGAUGGAACAGAUUCGUCAGCAAACAGACAUUUUAGAGAAGGAACGUAAAACUUUCAAGAAAAUUGAAAAGCCAAAAACUGAGGAGUCUUUCCUGGUACCAUCUUUCUGUCCACCAAAGCAAAGAGUAGAGAGGCCAUCCUCUGUCUUCAUCCUAAAUACCCCAAAUAAGGAAGAACUAGAGUCCCCAUCAUUAGUGACUAUAAAAGAUACAAAUCUUACCCCAAAAGACAGUCCCUCUGCUCAGUUACCAGUGAGAGACCGACCUAUCACCCUAUUCUUUGAAAGAAAAGGAAACUCAUGCCAAUCUAGUACUGUCAGGGAAUUAUCCAAGACAGAAAGAACAGGCACCCAGCAGAGUAUAGCCUGUAAAAACUCUAAUAAUCGCAUUUCAAAAAGAGAACACCUUAGGCCAAUUCAGUCUUAUGGCCACAAAUCUGAUGAACCUUCCAGAGAGGGGAGUACAAGGGCCAUUUUCUUCACACCAAAGGACAAUAUGAGUACUCCUCUUGUAAACAGUGAAGCCUUAAACAAAAGAAAUCCUCAAGUCCCUAAACAAGAUGAACCAGCUGGAAAACCUGUGAAGUUAGUUGGGCCAGGCCAACAAGAGGUUGCCAGACCGGCCCAUAAAAAGAAAGCUCGAAUGGCGCGGACGCGCUCCGAUUUCUUGACUAGAGGUACUUUUGCCGAUGGGGAGGGGGAUACAGAGGAAGAUGAUUACGAUGACAUUAUUGAGCCCCUUCUCUCCCUUGACCAAGCUUCUCACUCUGAGCUAGGGCCUGCAUCCAGCGUGGGUCAGGCCUCUCACAGUGACUCCGAAAUGACAUCACAGAGAUUUUCUUCAGUUGAUGAACAAGUAAAACUUCAUAAGGCAAUGUCUCAAGGAGAGAUUACGAAGUUGACAGUGAGACAGAAGUCUUCAGAUUCGGAUAUAAGACCUCAGAGAGCUAAGAUGAAAUUCUGGGCCAAAGGGAAACAAGGAGAGAAGAAAACUACUAGAGUAAAACCUGCCAUUCAGUCAGAGGUUUCAGCAAUCUUUGCUGGUUCAGAUGUGAUUCCAUCUCAUCAGUUUCCAGAUGAAUUAACUCAUUAUAACCCAACACCUCCUUUGAGCCCAGAACUACCUGGUAGUUGCCGGAAAGAAUUCAAAGAGAACAAAGAGCCUUCUCCAAAGGCAAAGCGAAAGCGAAGUGUGAAGAUUAGCAACGUGGCUUUGGAUUCUGUGCAUUGGCAAAAUGACUCUGUCCAAAUCAUAACAAGUACUAGUGAUUUAAAGAGCAUGGAUGAAUUUCUUCUGAAAAAGAUGCAUGACCUAGAUAAUGAGGACAGCAAGAAGGAUACACUAGUGGAUGUUGUAUUUAAAAAAGCCCUAAAAGAAUUUAGGCAGAAUAUCUUCAGCUUUUAUUCAUCAGCAUUGGCGAUGGAUGAUGGUAAAAGCAUACGGUAUAAAGACCUCUACGCACUGUUUGAACAGAUUCUGGAAAAGACCAUGAGGCUUGAGCAGCGUGAUUGGAGUGAAUCUCCAGUGAGAGUUUGGGUCAACACUUUCAAAGUGUUUUUAGAUGAAUACAUGAAUGAUUUCAAGACUUCAGACAGCACAGCCACAAAGGUGCCAAAAACAGAAAGAAAGAAAAGAAGAAAAAAAGAAACCGAUUUGGUGGAAGAGCACAAUGGUCACAUUUUUAAGGCCACCCAAUAUAGCAUCCCUACAUACUGUGAAUACUGUUCUUCUUUAAUUUGGAUAAUGGACCGAGCCUCUGUUUGCAAAUUAUGCAAGUAUGCUUGCCAUAAGAAGUGCUGUCUGAAAACCACAGCCAAGUGUUCUAAAAAGUAUGAUCCAGAACUGUCAUCUCGACAAUUUGGGGUUGAACUGUCCCGUUUGACCAGUGAAGACCGAACUGUUCCUUUAGUGGUGGAAAAGCUCAUAAACUACAUUGAAAUGCAUGGACUUUAUACAGAAGGUAUUUACCGAAAAUCUGGUUCAACUAAUAAAAUCAAGGAGCUUCGACAAGGUCUGGAUACAGAUGCUGAGAGUGUAAACCUAGAUGACUAUAACAUACAUGUCAUUGCAAGUGUAUUCAAACAGUGGCUUCGUGAUUUGCCCAAUCCCCUUAUGACUUUUGAACUCUAUGAGGAAUUUCUUCGAGCUAUGGGCCUUCAGGAGAGGAAGGAGACAAUUCGAGGUGUGUACUCCGUGAUUGACCAGCUCUCCCGAACUCAUCUCAAUACACUGGAACGCCUCAUCUUUCAUCUAGUCAGGAUUGCCUUACAGGAAGAAACUAAUCGAAUGUCUGCUAAUGCUUUGGCCAUUGUGUUUGCACCCUGCAUUCUCCGCUGCCCUGACACCACUGACCCACUACAAAGCGUGCAGGACAUCAGUAAGACUACCACCUGUGUGGAGCUGAUUGUUGUGGAACAGAUGAAUAAAUAUAAGGCUCGUCUUAAAGAUAUCAGUAGCUUGGAAUUUGCUGAGAACAAGGCAAAGACUAGGCUGUCACUGAUUCGUAGAUCAAUGAAACCUGUACUAAUUGCAGUUAGAUUUAUGAGCAUUACCCGCAGUUCAGUCUCGGGAAAGGGGCGUGUUCAUCGAGGAAACUAUCCAAGUCCAUCCUCUCCAGUUACAGUUCGGUUGCCUUCUGUGUCUGAUGUCCCAGAAGAGACCUCGGCUAGUGAGGCAGCCACAGAGACUGACAUCACAGAACAGCAGCAAGUGGCUAUGCAGCAGGAGGAGAGAGUAUUAACUGAACAGAUUGAGAACCUACAGAAAGAGAAGGAGGAACUAACAUUUGAGAUGCUUGUACUGGAACCCCGUGCCUCUGAUGAUGAAACCCUUGAGUCUGAAGCCUCCAUUGGGACUGCUGAUAGCUCUGAAAAUUUGAAUAUGGAGUCAGAAGAGAGAAGCUUAGCCCUUAGCUCUCUGAAAGCACCGGGAAAGUCUGAACCUUCAAGCAAGUUGAGAAAGCAGCUAAAAAAGCAGCAAGACUCUUUGGAUUCAGUGGACUCCUCCAUCUCUUCUUAUCUAUCUAACACUGCAUUGUCUCACGGCACCAGAAAACGAUUUCAAAUUUAUUCUAAAUCUCCAUUCUACCGAGCUGCCUCAGCUGGUGAGGCCCUGGGACUAGAAGGACCUUUGGGCCAGACCAGACCCCUAGAAGAGAGGCCUCAGUUCAUCAGCAGAGGAACCUUUAAUCCUGAAAAGGGCAAACAAAAACUAAAGAAUGUGAAAAACUCACCUCAGAAAACCAAAGAGACCCCAGAGGGGACAGUCAUGUCUGGCCGCAGGAAACCUGUAGACCCAGACUGCAGCUCCACCCAACAGCUAGCACUCUUUGGAAAUAACGAGUUUAUGGUAUAAACUAGCAGAUGUGUGUCCUUUGUGGCUAGAGAGGUAAACACAUCUCAUCUUGGGGCCUCUUGUCUCAGCAUAUGGCUAAGACUUUCUAUGCUGAAUUCCUGGGCCUCCUACAGAAGUGGAAAGGCCUCUUUGAAGUCUGCUGGGGAUGGUGCCAGCUGUGCCUUGGCUGCUGUAUUUGAGUCGAUUUCACUAAAAGCCACCUUGGGCUUGGGGAUUUUUGUCAGCUAUAUGUGCCUCUUCCCACCCUCUUUCCCUUCUCAGAGAGAGAAGUUGGACUGGGGGAGGUGGGGAUGUUGUAGACCUAAGGGACCAUCUGAUUUCUGAAAUUUGAAGAACACAUAUAAGCUUUCUUAACUAUGAAAGCAAAAAACCUUUGGGUUUAUUUUAGGAUAGUUAGGAGCUAAAGUAGAGUAUGAUUUUUUUUUCCAAGGAAUUUAUAAAUGAAAAGCCUAAGCCCUCUAUUUUAAAAUUUUAACUUGUGAUAUUUUGGGAAAAGUAAAAAAGCUAUUGUUUCCAUUAAGCCAUCAGAACCUGUCUCAGAUAUCUGGUUAUACAAUGAAGAUGAGAAUACAUGCUUUGUUUUUUGAUGAUAUUUAAUGUCAAAAUAACCAAUGCUGUUUUAACUGCUGGUUAGUUUCUGCCAAAUAUAUUGCAUGGGCUGAAGUUUCAGUAGCCAUACUAUUCUCAUAUUCACUGAUCUUAAGGUCAGAUUCCUCUAAUUUUUGUUUAAAUGCCCCAGAGAAAAUGAUCCCUAAACAUUUCUUCCUAAUCCAUCCAGGUUUUUCUCUUUGUAUAGAUUAAAUUGUGAAGACCACAUAUGAGCCUAUUAUCUGCUGUGGAUUCCCACCACAAACUCAGACAAAUAAUGUGACCAUCUAAUCACGUCUCUCAAAAUAUUCACGCAAAACAUUGCAUGAUAAGUGUUAGAAAAAGCUGCCAAAAUAUAAAAAAUUUUAAUAUCAUCCAUCUAAUUUUCAUCUUUUUCUCCUCAGACGAUCAGUAUUAAAUAGAUGGACUACUUGAAGCUAUUUUUGUUUAUAUAAUGGUUACUGAAGUUUACUGUAAAUAUACAUGUACAUUAUGCAUAUUUCUUUUUAAACUUGUGCUUCCCUUCUUCCCAUGGAAUUUCUUCCCACAGAUUAGGGGCCAUUAGAUAGGGGCUGACUGCCACUCAUUCCUGGGUUGAAGGAAAGUAAGACCAUCUUUUUCAUUACUGGUGGUCUCCAUACACUUAAGUUAUCGUACUAGUUGAAGCAUCUUAGCAUUAGAAAUUUGGUUUUGCUAUUUAUAAUGUAUAAAAAAUGAAACAUGAUAGCUUUCUUGAGAUAAGUAUGUGAAAAUGUUUAUUUUUAAAGUUACUAAAUGCAUCUUGUCUCACUACCACAUGCACUGUUCUGAAAAAGAGCCUUUACCACCUAUAACCAGAAUUUUGGUUAUUCUUCCUUUUCAUACUUCUUUGCUUUGAAGUUAUGUUUUGUUAAGGCAGAGUCUCUCCUGUUACACAACACUGAACCUCAUGCGACUGCCUCAGUGGUCAUUGGCCAGCCCCGCAGGUCAACUUAGAGCACUAUUCUGCGUGGCAGCUAAAGGUAGCAGGAGUCUUCCCUCUCCCUGAUUUGAGUUCAGAAUUGAUCCGGGGAAAGGAAGCUUUUAAAAUCUCCAUAAUAAUGAUGUUUAAUCAGUGAAUGUUGGGUUUUAUAUCCCACAAACAUCUGCCACCUUGUUCAUGUUGUCCUGAUGAGUAAUGAAUGUUAAGCUUUUGAAAGUAUGAAGUUCAGAGAUGCUCCUAAAGGAAAAGCACCUCAGCAUGACUGUGUCCAGCUAGGAUGCUGCUUCCUGGGCCCUAUGCCCAGCUGCACAGUCUGUGUUUCAGUAUUCUUGUGAGAGUAGUGUGCUGCUGGGCAUUAACUGUUACUUUCCAGAAUGUUGGUUAAAUACCAUGUUUAAAAAAAAAAAAUACCCUUGUGAAUUAUUUUCUUUGUCCAAGAAAAAUGGCCUGGGGAACAGAUCUUGGCACAUGUUCUCCCAUCUAAAUCUUUGUAGGGCUUUUUUUUUUUUUUUUUGGUCAGUUUUUGGCAGUUGAAAAAAAAACUACUUAUAUAGGUCACUUUAUAGGAACUAGUUGGUGGAUAUUAAGAGACUUUAUAAUUUUUCUCAGGGACUUAAGACCUGAAUUUGGACAAAAUUAAAUAAAAGAUAUUUGUUUUUUCA